AAUCUUGUACUCGGAUCUAACAGUGAGUGAGUUGAAGUACGAGCGGCGUCUGUUGAAGAAAGAAAUCAAUGGAGUCCCUUAGCGGAGGAGGAGAAGUAGUGACGUCAUCGUCGAAUUCGAAAUCUCAAGAAGAAGAAGAAAAAGCAGCGUCGUCGUAUACUUAUUGGGUUCGUAAUAAAACUGAAGCUGCAGCCCCCUUACCUGUUCCACAAAAGCUACAGCAACAAUCUUCUUCUGAAUCUCAAUCUCAAUCUCAUCAAUUGGGUUCUGCUUGGAAUCGUGCUGGUACUUGGGAAGAGAAAUCUCUUAACCAUUGGGCUAUUCCUAGAAUUAAGGAAUUGCUCGUUUCUGUGGGUUCCAUAUCAUUCUCUUCUCGCGGCACAGCUCAAGUUGAAGAUGUAACCAAAUGUGUUGGAGAUGCACUUGUAGUGGUCGUUCGGAACAAGAAACGUGUCAGUUUCACAUAUGAGUUGUCCUUAAAAGUCAAAGGGGAAUGGGUUAUACAAGGAAAUAAGAAGUUGCUUGGGGGGCAUAUCGAUGUUCCGGAGAUCUCAUUUGGUGAACUGGAUGACUUGCAGAUGGAAGUGAGACUUAAUGAAGCAUCGGAUAUCUCUCAUCAAGAUAAAAUUGAAAUAUGCAACGACUUGAAGCUAUUUUUACAGCCUGUUCGGGAAAAGUUGCUUCAAUUUGAACAAGAACUCAAAGAUAGAUAGUGGCAGUUGCUCCAAUUUGAACAAGAACUCAAAGAUAGAUAGUGGCAAAAGCCAUGUAGACGUUGUUCUCAAUUUGAUUUCAUUGUGUACUAUUAUUUCUGGUACAACCUCUUCACAAAUAAAGUUUUGCAUCACUAUCUGGAUCCAUUCUGAAAGCAUGAAAGUCCUCUUAUGUAUGCCUAACAUUAUCAGACAUUGAUUUACUACAUACAUAUGGUGUUGUUUUGCUUAUGAAUCUCAAUUCACUGAACUAUCUCAAUUGUUGGACAUUUUGGUAUGUCUGUAUUGUCUGCCUAUUGAAGGCUUAUAAAUCUUGUAGUAUGUUUGAGAGGAGAAUUUUGGAAA